GGGAGUGAAACUACCACACUGACAAAACUGUCUCAGGUAAACCUGCUUUGAACAGCGUCCACUGUCCUUUAUCAACAACCAGCAAACUUUCAGCGGUGAAACAGUAGCAGCAAAGAAAGUAAGGAUGUUAAAAUCAGCGUUAUCGCUGUUUCUCGUCUGCUGUUUGCUGGGACGUCUGGACUGUACAGAGUUAACAGUCAAACGAGGAGCAAAUGCCAUUCUGCAGUGCUCUGGUCACAGAGAUGCUACUGAAAUAAUGAUAAGGUGGGAUAAACCUGAGCUGCAGUCAGAGGAAUAUCUCUUCUUCUUCAGAGAUGGUCAGUUUCAGGAAGAGCUCCAGCAUGAAUUGUUUAAAGGUCGAGUGGAGCUGAAAGAUCCUGAUUGGAAAAAGACUGGAAACUUCUCUGUGAUUCUCAAACAUGUCACCCCAAAUGAUGCUGGAACUUAUGAAUGUCAUGCUGGAUAUGAAGGACAGGAAUCUGAGCUUCUCAGCAGCCUCAUCCUGAAGGUUGAAAAACCAGAGUUAACAGUCAAACGAGGAGCAAAUGCCAUUCUGCAGUGCUCUGGUCACAGAGAUGCUACUGAAAUAAUGAUAAGUUGGGAUAAACCUGAGCUGCAGUCAAAGGGUUAUCUCUUCUUCUUCAAAGAUGGUCACUUUCAGGAAGAGCUCCAGCAUGAAUUGUUUAAAGGUCGAGUGGAGCUGAAAGAUCCUGAUUGGAAAAAGACUGGAAACUUCUCUGUGAUUCUCAAACAUGUCACCCCAAAUGAUGCUGGAACUUAUGAAUGUCAUGCUGGAUAUAAAGGACAGAGACCUGAGCUUCUCAGCAGCCUCAUCCUGAAGGUUGAAAAACCAGAGUUAUCAGUCAAACAAGGAGCAGAUGCCAUUCUGCAGUGCUCUGGUCACAGAGAUGCUGAUGUCAUAAUGAUAAGUUGGGAUAAACCUGAGCUGCAGUCAAAGGGUUAUCUCCUCUUCUUCAAAGAUGGUCAGUUUCAGGAAGAGCUCCAGCAUGAAUUGUUUAAAGAUCGAGUGGAGCUGAAAGAUCCUAAUUGGAAGGAGACUGGAAACUUCUCUGUGAUUCUCAAACAUGUCACCACAAAUGAUGCUGGAACAUAUGAAUGUCAUGCUGGAUAUAAAGGACAGAGACCUGAGCUUCUCAGCAGCCUCAUCCUGAAGGUUGAAAAACCAGGUCAGACAGAAGAACAAAAAAAGGAUGGAGGGAACGAGGGUGAAGAGAAGGAGGAAGAAGGAAAGGAGCAUGGACAUACUGGACUGAUAGGUGGUCUGGUAGUUGCUGCUGUGCUUUUAUUUGCUGCUGCUGCUGUUUUUGUGUAUUUCUACAAACGUAGAAACAGCAGGACACAAUAUCAUGGUCCUCAAAGACAGGAGGAGGUGGAGGCUGAGAUAAAUGUCUGAAAGCCCCUCAGAACUGAUCUGAGUGACCUGCUGCUUGUUGCAGGCUCUUCACUAACAGAUGUUCUGAGGACAGACAUAGUUAAUAAUGCCAAAUUCAGUCAGUUAUGGGGACGACUUAAACUGGGAUUUGGCAGCUUGGAUGAACUCUAAGAUCCUCUAUUCUUGAUUUGUGGUUAUCUGACCUCUGACCUUCACGGCUUAAAUUAUUAUUAUAUGGCCUCAUUCAGUAAUAAUUUCCAGUCCAGAUCUGUUUCUGUUCACCAAAUAAUUUUAUUAGAUUUAAAGACUUAAUAAACACUAAAAAAAGUUUCAUGUAUAAUAAGUUAUCAAACCUCAUGUUAUAGUUGUUGUGUUUUAAGUCAAUUCUGAUGUUUUCACAGUAUCAUUCAUUUGCUCUGUCAUGCCAAAAAAGAAGCUAAUAUUAGGCUUUAAAUACUGAUAUGUAGGGCGGUUACGCUCUAUAGAAAGAGUGCCAAAUAUACAGCCUGAGGACCAGAACUGGCUCACUGGAUUGUUUUGAAAAAUGUUUAAUUGUUGGACUUUUCAGUGUGUUUUGUCUCUGGGACCUGAUCACAUCAUGAGAGUCUGAACUGUGAAUCAGAGCAAGGAACUCAAAUCUGAGCCAGAGGUCUGGAUCUUUGUCAGCAUUAACAGUAAAGAUGCUUUCAGAUGCUGGAUCUCCUUCCUUUGUGUGUGAGAUUUGUUCCUUCUCACAGUAACAAGCCGGGGAUUCAUUGCUUAUGUACAGUGCCUUGCGAAAGUAUUCGGCCCCCUUGAACUUUUCAACCUUUUGCCA